CAGGCAGGCCGUGCGUUCAGGUGGAUGUGAUGUUAGAAAGAGGAGCUGUAUCUCUAUUACCAUCAUUAUUACUAUUAAUAUUACUAAUAUUAUUAGUACUAGAGGUGAGGUUCUCCCGGUGAUCUCUACUUCCGGGUUCGUCCUGAGCUCAGCCAUGGUGGAUUUGCCCCGCAGUGGUGCAGCGUCGCCCGGCCACAGCAGACACGGACAGGGCUCCGGGAACAACGGGAAGAAAACGUCGAAAAAGAGCCGAACGAGGAGAGGCAAACGAGGCAGGAAGAGGCGGAACAAGAAGAACAACAGGAACAACAAACCCCCCACCGUAUUUCCCCCGGAGGCUGAAGAAGGAAACAUUGAGUACAAGUUGAAGCUGGUUAACCCCACGCAGUAUCGCUUCGAGCAUCUGGCCACGCAGCUGAAGUGGCGUCUGCAGGAAGGCCGCGGUGAAGCCGUCUACCAGAUCGGAGUGGAGGACAACGGCCUGCUGGUCGGACUGACGGAGGCCGACAUGAGGGCCUCACUGAAGACCUUAAAGAGGAUGGCAGAGAAAGUCGGUGCCGACAUCACUCUCCUCCGAGAGAGGGAGGUGGACUACGACUUGGACAGGAACACACGCAAAAUCGCAGAAGUCCUGGUUCGAAAAGUUCCCGAUGAUCAGCAGUUCCUGGACCUGCGGGUGGCGGUUCUGGGGAACGUGGACUCGGGGAAGUCGACCCUGCUGGGCGUCCUGACGCAGGGCGAGCUGGACAACGGGCGAGGCCGAGCGAGGCUCAACCUCUUCAGACAUCUGCACGAGAUCCAGACGGGACGAACCUCCAGCAUCAGCUUCGAGAUCCUCGGCUUCAACAGCAAAGGAGAGGUUGUGAACUACAGCGAGUCUCGGACAGCCGAGGAGAUCUGCGAGAGCUCCUCCAAGAUGAUCACCUUCAUCGAUCUGGCCGGACACCACAAGUACCUGAAGACGACCAUCUUCGGCCUCACCAGCUACUGCCCCGACUUCGCCAUGCUGGUGGUGAGCGCCAACACGGGCAUCGCAUGCUCACAGUGUUCCCGCUCUCCUCCGUCCAGCCGGCACGACCGGGAGCACCUGGGCCUGGCCAUGGCGCUGAAAGUUCCCAUCUUCAUCGUGGUCAGUAAAGUGGACCUUUGCUCCCGCGGCACCGUGGAGAGAACCGUCCGUCAGCUGGAGCGACUCCUGAAGCAGCCGGGCUGCAACAAAGUACCGAUGGAGGUGUCCAACCCGGACGACGCCGUGACGGCCGCUCAGCAGUUCACCCAGUCUGCAUGCAUCACGCCCAUCUUCACCCUGUCCAGUGUGUCUGGAGAGAGUCUGGACCUCCUGAAGGUUUUCUUGAACAUCCUCCCUCCACUGAGCAACAGCAAGGAGCAGGAGGAGCUGAUGCAGCAGCUCACCGAGUUCCAGGUGGAUGAGAUCUACUCUGUUCCUGAUGUUGGGACUGUGGUGGGAGGAACUCUGUACAGCGGAGUGUGUCGGGAGGGGCGGCUGGUGGUCGGUCCGACAGAUGAGGGUCGCUUCCUGCGUCUGAAGGUCGGCAGCAUCCAGAGGAACCGCUCGGCCUGCAGGGUGCUGAGGGCCGGACAGGCCGCCACGCUGGCUCUGGGCAGCUUCGACCGCUCGCUGCUGCGCAAGGGAAUGGUGAUGGUCAGUCCCAAGAUGAACCCGACCAUCUGCUGUCAGUUUGAGGCCGCCAUCGUCCUGCUCUUCCACGCCAAGACCUUCCGCCGGGGGUCACAGGUCACCGUGCACGUUGGCAACGUCAGGCAGACGGCCACCGCGGAGUGCCUUCACGGGAAGGACGAGCUGCGUACGGGCGAGAGAGCCGUGGUUCGCUUCCGCUUCAUCAAACACCCGGAGUACCUGCGACUGGGCGCCAAGCUGCUCUUCAGGGAGGGCGUCACCAAAGGCAUCGGCCACGUCACCCGCCUGCUGCCGGCCUCCCAGAACCACGACCAGAACCAGAACCAGGACCAGAACCUGCAGGAGCACUAAGGACCUCCAUGUCGACAGAUGUCGAGCUCCGUGAGAACUUUCCCCUGGUUAGACGUCAUCGAUGCAUCCGCCUGGCUCUCACGCCACACGCCAGCGUUUUAAUCCUCCCGUCCUGGAUCUGUGCUUCUGUCCUGCUGAGCUGUCACAGAGUCCCUCAUCAUCCUCAUCAUCCUCAUCUUCAUCAUCAUUAUCUUCCUCCCAGCAGACGUUCAUGUCUUGAGUUAAAGCCGGCUGACCUCAGUGGACCUUAAGCCGGACGAUUAAUCUGAUGUUGUGCCUCAGUUUGAGUUAAGAGGCUCCUUUUUUUCUCCGUCAACUGUCAUGAGAAGACGGCGGGAUUAUUUUUUUUUUCGGGUGUGGAUUUGAGGAUGAAUGUUUUUAAAAGAGAUGUAACACUGGAUCUCUGCUGCACAGGAAGGACUGAACUCUACGUUCAACCUGCAAAACACACAACCCAACAUCUCCACACGCUCAGACCAAAUGUGAAAUCUGAAGAGGGGGAUUAUUUCCAGAAGUAGAUUGGAUUUUCUUUUCGGCAGAGUGAGGUGUCUUCUCAUCAAACAUCUCGCAUGUUUUUCAGCCCAUAAACUUCAAAACGUAAAUGUAUUAUAUCUGCGUUUUCCUCGGAGCUCGGUGGGCGUCAGGGGUCAGUUUGUUUGGACAAACACGACAAAUGUGCUCUUCAAGCAGCAUCAAGUUAAUGUAGCAGUAGAUAACACAGUUAAUGUGUACAGCGAUUAAUCUGUUUAAUACUAUUUAGCUUAAUUAAUUAAUCAUUUGGUCUUCUGAAUAUCAGAAAAUAGUGAAAAAUGCCAAAGCUGACGUCUUCAAACCCCAAAAUAUUCACCUUACAAUCGUCUAAAACAGAGCAAAGCAGCACAUUGAAACAUUGGACAAUUUAUAACAAUAGACUGGAUUGUAGUUUUUGAAUGAUAAUUGAUAUAGGAUUAGAUUAUCAUAGUUUUUGUCAAGUGACAAAUUUUGAAAGCAUAUUCGCUGACAGUUUUGUUUAUAUUUUGGAUGAAAACAUGCGGCUUUUGAGUCAGAUUUUAGCCGACGUCCCUUAAACGUAUUUUACCAGAUAAAAGAACAUUUGUGCGCUUAAAUAAACUUAAGGGCAUGCAUUUAAAAAUGUGUAGAUUAGUUUGUGGAAUCAAAAUAAAGUCCCAUAUUUUUGUCAUUUUCACUUGAAUGUAAGUUGACAAAUUUAAAUCUGUCUUCACAGCGCUAGAAGCUGAAAUCUGAGCCCAAAAUGGAGGACGUCACACCCUCCAGUUUAAGAUAAAGCUGCUGUGUUUGAGUAUAAACCUCUCCGAAAAAACAAAAAGUUAUACAAAUAAUACAAAUACAUCUCUUCAGUAAACUGUGAACUUUUUGUCUGGAUAGCGAACAUGCUAGCUGACUUGCUAACCGCCAGUUGGGGAUUGCUCUCCUUUGGCUAGCUCACUAAUUAGCCCGUUAGCUCUUCAGCUAGGUCAGCUCAUGAACUAGCCUGUGGGCAUUUCUGUGUGUAAUUUAAUCAUUUAAAACGUACAGAGGACGAACAAAAUGACUCCUGACAUCCACACGGCUCCAAACAUUCCUCAGACUGAUGUGAUUUGACAGGAUUUAAAUCCGGCAAUCUGAAAAAACCUGCUCAUUCUGUUAUGCUCCGUUCUUUUUGCACUUUAUUCACUUUCUAUCAUUAUGACGAAUCCCUUCUGUCCAGUCAACGUGGCUCUGGAGCGCCAACAGACUCCCCACAAUAGAAACAUGUUGACUUUUCCCUGUUUUUUUUUCCCCCUUUCUCCCAAUUCAGCCUGAUAUAUUAAUAAACAGCCUACAAUAAAUAAUAAACCACAGUUUUAGAGGUUGACGCAUUGAUGCAAAUACUGGAUGAAUCUGAAGCUGAACAUUGUUCCUUUACAGCCUUACGUUGCCGUCCGUUCAGCUCUUAAGCUCGAGCUGCUUCUUGAAGUGAUGAAGCCUCUACAUUCAAUAUCUGCAUUUACAAAUGACGGACACUGAAAUAUCUGCGUUUGUUUCCGAUUAUCCGUUCAUGUUUAGAAAGGUUCGAUGUUCCAGGCAGCUUGUUGCAGCUAAACAUAACCUGCAUGCUCUUUGACCGGCAGAUAAAACAACAAAAAAAACCCAACUCUUAAUAUUCUCAUUUAAAGUAUGAAGUUAUAUAUCAAGUGUUUAUUAUUUGAUUUUUCUCUGAGGUUCUGUGCAAUUGUAAACCUUAAAUAUCGAAUGUACUUUCCAUGGAUUCCUGUGUAGCGUUUGAAACUGCUUACUGUUCAAAUGGAGUUCUCUGCACUUUGUGUUCUGGUUCUGCAUGCGUGUCGAUGUCAGAGAGCAGCGUGUCGAUCUGCGUCGGCCGGUUCUGCAGAGCGACGAGGACGAGGAACGCUGAGGUGAAAGGUCAAGGUGUGAGACGACUGACACAAACAGCUGAACGUUUAAACAUUAAAGAGUGGAUUUCCCCGACUGUCCCUCCAACUGAAAAAAAUAAACUGUGUAACAACAUGA